AUGCAGUGUAGACUUGUUUUUCUUCUUUUUCUUGGCUUACUAAUAAUAUCUGCCAUUUUUGGACAAAUAAGUAUUUGCAAUCCGAAUCCAUGUUUUAACAAUGGCCAAUGCUUAGCAAUCAAUGGCAAUAUGGAUUUUUAUUGCAUAUGUCCACCUAAUCUUCCGGUGGGUGGUAAACGAUGUGAUGAACUGACAAUAGGAACAACAACAACAACAAUGAGACCAGUCAUUAAUCGAUGUUUUUAUCAAUCAACCAUCUGUCAAAAUGCUGGUACAUGCAUACCUGGUGAUAAUGGUGCUUAUUCAUGUCGAUGUCCACCGUCAUAUACAGGAGUUCAUUGUGAACAAUAUAGUUUACCAUCAUCUAUUUGUUCAUCGAUGCCUUGUAAAAAUGGAGGAACAUGUUUGUCACUCACUGGUAGUUCAAAUUAUUAUUGUCAAUGUCCACCAGAAUAUAUUGGAUCUACAUGUACUACAGCUGUUACUGUUUGUCCUACGGAUUACUGCAAAAAUAACGGACAAUGUACAUUUGAUUAUACACUUAGUCGAUUAAGAUGUGCUUGUCCAGGAACAUUUUCUGGUGAACAUUGUGAAAUUCCAAUAGGUCAAGCAAAUGCCUGUGCAAGUUUUCCUUGUUAUAAUGAUGGUAGUUGUACACCAGCUGGAGCUUCUUUUCUAUGUACUUGUAAAGAACAUUUUAAUGGUAAUCAAUGUCAAUUUAAGGAUGAUUCUACUCCGUGUCAUGGUACUCCAUGUUUGAAUAGUGGAAUAUGUGUUCCCAGUGGAAAUACAUUUUACUGUAGAUGUCCAACGAGUUAUACGGGAGCAAGAUGUGAAGAACAAAUAACUUCAUCAAAUACACUUUGUAAUUUAAAUCCAGGCGUAUGCCAACAAGGAAGCACAUGUGUUUCAAAUGCGACUCAUCUUCGAUGUAUUUGUCGACCGGGAACUGAAGGACAAUUAUGUGAAAAAAAUACUACAAAUGCCUGUUUUGGAAUUAAUUCCUGCUUGAAUGGGGGAAGUUGUUAUUCGAGUCAAUCGGGAUUUGUUUGUAUUUGUCCAGAACCAUAUACAGGAAGUAGAUGUGAAACCUCUACAAUAAAUGUCAAUACAUGUACUGCUAAUCCAAACUACUGUAGAAAUGGCGGAAGGCAAGAAGAAAUACUAGAUUGUAUGAUGCUUAAUAAUGCACUCUUUUGUAUAUGUGUACCACCUUAUACAGGAACAACUUGUCAACAAACUAUACAAAAUGAAAUUAAUACCGUGUGUAGUAUUACUAUGGAUAGAUGUAGAAAUGGUGGAACAUGUGUACCAGUUGGAAUAAAUGCGUUUACUUGUCAAUGUAUGCCGGGAUACACGGGAUUAAGUUGUGAAACGGCUACUAAUCCAACAAGUAAUUGUAUGUCAAUGUGUUUAAAUGGUGGCCAAUGUACUUUCGUUGGAAAUUCAUUUCAAUGUAUUUGUCCUAAUGGUUUUACGGGAUCAUUUUGUGAAACAGCAUUAUCAUCAUGCAGUUCUAUAAUAUGUAAUAAUGGAGGUACAUGUAUGACAAUGCCAGGUGGAGCUAGUUCGAUAUGUAUUUGUCCUAAUGGUUUUACGGGAUCAUUUUGUGAAACAGCAUUAUCAUCAUGCAGUUCUAUAGCAUGUGCUAAUGGAGGUACAUGUAUGGCAAUAUCAGGUGGAGCUGCUUGGAUAUGUAUUUGUCAAUCAGGAUUUACGGGAGAUCGAUGUCAAAAUGUAAUAAGUACAACGUCUCGAUGUACUUCACAACCUUGUCGCAAUGGGGGUACCUGCGUUGAUGGACCAUUUACAUAUAAUUGUAAAUGUCCUUAUCCAUACAAUGGACAACAAUGUGAACGUGUAUCAACAGUUCAAUCUCCAUGUGAUAGCAAUCCAUGUUUGAAUUCUGGCAAGUGUAAUCGUGUUGGUAAUGUUUUUACUUGUUCAUGUCCUCCAGGUUAUACAGGAUCAACAUGUGAAACAAAUAUUCGACCAGCUACUUGUACUAUCAAUUGUUCACCAGGUUAUUGUUUUUCAAAUCCAAGUACUCAACUACCAUAUGCUUGUUAUUGUCCCAAUCAUACAAUUCAAUUAAAAUCAUGUACUACUUAA